AUGUCUGCCGAUCCAAGUUCUCCAGAGAUUCGAUACAGCUGCAUCUAUUUUGGAUAUGGAUCAAAUUUAUCGAGCCGGUCAAUGAAACAAAGAUGUCCGGACUCGUUGUUUGUGGGGUUGGCUGUGCUUCCAAAAUGGAAGUGGAUCAUAAACGAGACCGGCUAUGCCAAUAUCAUCGCAGGCGAGGAGACCGAUGUCGUGUAUGGAUCCUUGUGCUUCCUGAGCCAACGAGACGAGAAAGCUCUUGACGAGAGCGAAGGCGUUCCAUGGCUGUACGAGAAAUUGAAUCUGAAGGUGCGGAGAGUUCUGACUCCAGAGGAGCUGAAAGGAUACGGCGGUCAGGCUCCCGAAGUGGAAGCGGUCUGCUACGUCGACACGCAGCGUCUUGUAGAAGGGAAUAUCGAGAAAGAAUACAUCAUUUGGAUAGCUAAGGCAAUUGAAGAUGCGAAGAAGUGUGGAAUGCCGGCGUCUUAUUCUGACAAGUACAUGUCGAAACACCUGCCAGAAGACUUCGAUGCAAAUCAGGAGGUUCAGAUGGUCAGAACACUUCGACUAGAUGGCAAGAGCGCCAAUCUUGUUCCGCGAGGUUUUGCAGGUUGGGAUAGAGGUUGA